AUGAUUCCUGGUGAAUACGAGCAGCAUGGAACGGAUGAGGAUUCAACGUUCAGAGUAAAAUUUGUAGCUACUGGUGGUAAAAUCGAGGAAACCGCCUCCUGCGACAUUCUCGAUGGACAUCUAAUGCCCAAGACCGCGGUUUUGCCGUAUUUGUCGAGAAUCAGUCGUCUGCCUAAUGGUGAGUCCCAAGCUCUUCGCCUCGCAGCAGCUGCAGACAUCUUGGAGGCAGUCUCAUUGCUCUUGGAAUUUGACGUUGACGUAAACGCAGUUGACGACAAUGGAAACACAGCCCUCCACAUCGCUGCUUUCGCCGGUUGUGUGGAGUCAAUCAAGAAACUUGUUGAAGCAGGAGCGUCACUGACGGCCCAAAACAGCAAGGGGCAUUCCGUGUUCCACUGGACAGUUCGCAGCCGGAACACCGCCGCCCUGUCACUGCUGAAGGACCUGGGUGCGGACAUGAAUUCCGCUGAUUGGAAGGGCCACACACCACUGCACACGGCGCUGGCCUCCGGAUUCCACGAAGGAUUUGACGCGCUUAUGGACCUCGGGGCGAACCCCUUCGUCUCCACGCCAGACGGUGUCUCUCUCCUGCACACUGCAGCAGGGAAGGGUAACACGAGCGCAGUUCGCGCGCUGUUGCAAGCGGGCGUCGGCGUGGACGCUCGCAACGCCAUGCAUCGAACGGCCCUGCACGAAGCGGCGUCCGGCGGUCACGUGAGGUGUGCGGAACUACUUCUGGACGCCGGAAUAGACACUGAAUGCCGCGAUGACCUCGGCCGCACUCCUUUGCACCUAGCAGCCAGCUACCGACACGUGGGGGCUGUAGUACUUCUGUUGCAGCGGGGAGCAGACGUUGAUAGCGCCAGUGUGGAUUUGGACACAGCCCUCCACAUAGCAGCUCUAGCCGGCGACAGAAAAACUGUAGAGAUUCUGAUCGGUGCUGGCGCGGAUGUGAACGCUAGCAACGCGGAAGGGUCCACCCCUCUGCACGUGGCCAUUGCAGAGCGGCACGACGAAGUGGCGGACUAUAUUCUCUCUCUGCGGCGGUCUGACGUGGACGUGGCAGACGGCGGGGGCCUCACCCCUCUACACCUGACUGCCUGGGGUGAUGCCUAUCGAAUUGGCAACGGAGGCGCAGGCGCCGGGCAGCACCAGCAGCAGCAGCAGCAGCAGCUGCUGCUCGCUGACGACGUGGGGUCGCGCGCAUCAGGUGGCGACGUGCAGCGACGUGUUCCAGCUGUAGUCCGCUGCGUCGAGGUCUGA